GAAGCCAGAAGGACGCUAAUAAGUCAGUCUUAUUAUUUGUUCUCCAGUUUGUAAAAAUGUAUGUCGUUUAAAAUACAUCUUUGAUUCUUUAAUCCCGGAAAAAACCCGUCUCGGUGAGCGAGAACCUUAUCGUGCUAGCAAGUUUAGCUAGCUUAGCUUGUUAGCUGCUAACAAAGGGACGCGGAUGUUAUCAACACAUCGCUAAGUAGAGAUCAAAUGUGAGUGUAAAGUGUUGUGAUUGUGUGAACAUGUGAGUGUAAAGUGUUGUGAUUGUGUGAACAUGUGAGUGUAAAGUGUUGUGAUUGUGUGAACAUGUGAGUGUAAAGUGUUGUGAUUGUGUGAACAUGUGAGUGUAAAGUGUUGUGAUUGUGUGAACAUGUGAGUGUAAAGCGUUGUGAUUGUGUGAACAUGUGAGUGUAAAGUGUUGUGAUUGUGUGAACAUGUGAGUGUAAAGUGUUGUGAUUGUGUGAACAUGUGAGUGUAAAGUGUUGUGAUUGUGUGAAAAUGUGCGAAAGAACGAUAGCAGAUUACCAGGCGGAACUUUCUAGAACGAAAGAGAACAAUCAACUACUGGACGCUGUUUUCAAGAAACAUCAAGUUGUGUUACACACAACAGACGUCCAGCAGCCCCCUCACAUUAAAGAGGAAGAGGAGGAUCCACAGCCCACCCACAUGAAAGAGGAAGAGGAGGAUCCACACAUGAAAGAGGAAGAGGAGGAUGAUGUCAGCAAGUUUCCACUGACUGUUGUCUCUGUGAAGACUGAAGAGCAUGAAGACAAAGCACCUGAGUCCUCACAGCUUCAUCACAGUCCAAGAACAUGGAGUUGGGAUUUGCAAUCUGAGGCAGAGAAUGAGGAGCUGCCAGAAAAAAGGAACAGGAAGCCAGUCCAUCGUCUCGGGGACUCGGAUGAUAGCGAAGAAGACCCGGGAAAUGGUGACCUCGCAUCUCUGGGGUUGGCAAGCCAAUUGCACAGGCAGACUUCACCGUCUCGCCGAGUGCCAGCAAGAGUCAUGAGUACUUGUCAACUCGACUCCUCAACUGGAGAUAACUUUCUAGCACCUCACCAUGGGGAAGGACGUAUUCAUAUGCCUUCACCAGCACCUGCAUUAAACAUGCAGAGAGUUACACAAGGAACGGCCAUCCCUCCUCGACUCCCUCCACCCCCCUCACCAGCAGCCCUCAACAUGUGGCAGACAGAGGAAGAAUGGCCGACAACAUUUCCUGCUCUGCGCCUGAGGUAAUCCACAUCCUUAGCCUGCUGGAAACUAUUAAGCACAACCAAGACCAGCUGAUUGCGAAGGUGCUGUGAGUAAAAAUGUGUUGACAAGGUCAGCCACGGACGCUGAGGUCACCAAACACGCCAUCAGGUGGUUCAACUUGGCGGGGGAUCGGGCAACGAGGAGACGAGUCCCGCUUCCACCUCCUCAGGAGGAAUAGAGAUGAAUAAAGUUGAAUGUGAGAAGUUGAAGCAGCCCCGUGUCCCAUGUCAUUGAAUGAACGCAGAGUACUACACACGAACAGCGUAGUCGGGACCCUGCAGACCCCUCCCGGCUACACUCCCACCUGAACCCAAUUAAAUGAUGUUACCAAGGCAACCGCACCAUAGCAAUGGUCCCAUCCCUGUCAACACUUCCUGGUUCUCAAGAGGAAGUGGGCGGAGCAAUCUGCCGAAAAGGAAUUUCAGCAUGAACAGAGGCCAGCAAUCAAUUACAGAAAACAAAAUAAAAACAAUAUAAACAAAUAAGGACAUUUGGCUCCUACAGUAUGCAAAGUAAAUGUCUGUGGGGUGAUGUACAAUAUUGGCUUUUGCCUGACACUCCGAACUUUGAUUGAUAUUGAUGUUGUGUUGGGGAUGUUUAAAAAGAAACCGUACAUUAAAAAUGUUUAAAACCCGAUAAUGGAAAUUUUUGUUUAAUCCACAAAUGUAAAUUUGUAAAAAAAUAAAAUAAAACUUCCUUCCACAAACAAUUCAGCCAUUUUCUCUCACUUUUAUAUUGCUUAAAGGUCUGGGGACAUA